AUGCGCGGUGUCAAGGCCCGCACCAACUUCGUUUACCCGACCAACCCGCCGCCUCUCUCUGACCACCACCACCACCACCACUUCCUCCAUAACCCGGUCCCCUUCCCUCCUAAACCCUACUCUCGAGACUUAGCCGGCAUAACCACUAGGGGAACAGUCCUCGCCGCAUCUCCCGUGGCGCAGCCGCCGAGGAACGCUGCCUCUCUGGACGUCUCCCUUUUCCUCCGCGACAUUCUCAACCCUCCCAACACCGCUCCUCUUUACCCACCGCCGCCGCCGCCGCAACUGCCGUCUCUGACUUCUUUCGCUCAGCCUCCGAGUCUCCACGUCCCAAAUGAGUAUCAGAAGCCACAAGCUUCGGCCGAACAAAACGAGGACGACGACCCGUGCGGCUUCUUCCUUGAAGAAUCUCCCGAGUCGGGCCUCUUGGAGGAAGUCAUCCAAGGGUUCUUCCCCAGGAAGAAGAAGAGCUCGGAUCAAGCGAAGGGUCAGCUCUGGAACGACGGCCCGCACGGCCCCGGCGCCGUCACUUCGCCUCGCGACCAGAUGCAGGGCUUGAACGGCCUCACUAGCCUGCACCUGCAGACCUAUUCGUGCGGCGGCGGCGGCGGCGACAGCGACGAUCUCGUCGGGGUUCCCGCUGCGGUUCCGUUGGAUGUGGAUGUGCUCCAGUACCCUGAAUUUCUCGGCACUUUCGCAGCUAGGGUACACGAUGCUUGA